AAAAGCCACUUUAUCUAUCAAUUGAACAUUCAGUUCUGUUGAUCAUUCAUCGAGUGACUAUAUAAUAAUCAUUUAAAAAAUGUCCUUAAAAUUCGUGUCAAUUUUGGUGGCGCUUGCCAUAAUUCUCGUUCACGUGAAAGCCGAUGGCCACGCCCGAUCCUUUCAACACUUUGAGGGACCAGUUCAUGGUGAAGACCACGAAGUCACUUGGAAGGACAAACAUGGACAGACACAUCAAGACUAUGAGGCAAAUCCCCAUUAUGAAUUCGCUUAUGGAGUUGAGGACCACCAUACAGGCGACUACCAUGGACAAAAAGAAUAUCGAAAUGGAAAACAAGUAACAGGAGAAUACACUUUACAAGAACCGAACGGCAACAUUAGAACUGUAAAAUAUGUCGCCGACAAGGACGGAUUUCACGCAGAGGUGAUCAACAGUCACGACGAAAAAUAGAGAAACUUUCAUCCUGCAAAAGAGUCAAACGAUAAUAAUUUUCUUUGCCAAAGAUUCACUCGAUAUUCGAGAUAUACCUCUCUCUGUUUUUAUGAAACAGAUUUUCAGGGAAAUAUAUAUAUUUUUAUAAAAUGGACCACACCUGGAGAAAAUUUUUUAUUCCAAUUUCCAACUAUAAUUGAUAUUAAGUAAAAAAAAUAUUUUUUAUUUCAAAAAUAACUGUUUAUUUGUUUUAAAUCAAAAAUUUUGUUUUAGUAUAGAAAUAAAAUUUUUAUUUGAAAUUUUGAAACAAAUAAUAUUUAGGCAAAUAUAUUUUUUCUCCGGGUGUGCACUUGAAUGACUAUAUGUAUGUAUAACUUUUUGUUAAUUUUAAUGGAAGAAUCGUCCAUUAUCACUCACAUUAAUUAUAAGAUUUUUUAUAUCAUAUAUAUAUGUAGAAAUAAUUGUUAUAUUAUUCGAUUUUAAUAAUAUGAGGAUUAUAUAUAGUGACAGAAUAAAUCCAUUCGAUUGAAACGAAGUGUGUUCUGGUCCAUUUUCCAAUCUAUCAAAU